AUGGCGGGCGUUCGGAAGACCCGCCCGCGUGGAAGCUCCGCCUCCUCGCUGGCUGUUGCUAGGCAACAGAAAGCGUCCGUUCUUCGUGAGCGGCUCGCUGCGGCGAGGGAAGGGAGAUCACUUCACUGUUGGGAAAAUGAGAAGUUCAAGAGCAUCAGGUACCGGUGCUCUGAAAACGAAAAGUUCAAGAGCAUCACGUGCUCCUACUAAAAAAUCAGAAGCUGAAAUAUUAGCUAAAAUCCAGGAAAGACAAUUGGCAAAACUGGAAAAGGCGAAGGCAAAACAACGAAAAAUUUCAGCUCAAAUAAUUCAAAGAAAUUGGCUUAUUCAUUUGGACAAAUCAUUAUUUCAACUUCUAAAACACACAAUCUGUGCAGCGGAAUACUAUGCGUCAUAUGAAAUAUUGAAGAAAGUGAGUCCUAUAGAGGCCCAACUCAUCAAAGAUCCUAGCAUGAAGUAUAAAGUCAGAUUCAGAUUUAAUGGUGAAAGAUUUCCACCUUACAUCGUGUUUAAAGUUUUUCUUCAAACAGAUACCUGCAAAUGCAAGUAUUUCAGCGGGAGAAAUGUAUUAAUGGCAUCACAUGAGGGAAUGUAUAGUGCUUGUAAUAUGAUGGGGAAAAAGAAAUUUUAUCAACAGAUUAUGGAAGAUGAGCGUUACUACCAGAAGUUCAAAGUAACUGAUUACACAGAUAUUGUCACCCUGAAAGAUUACGUGCAAUAUAAUAGUCUUCUUGAUGAAAUUCCUGCUUCAUCUGGUGGCAGGAAUAACUACUGGCGAAAAUUAACGCUCCAAAACGUUCCCAAGUCAAUGAUGAUGUAUGACAUACUUUAUUAUGUGGACACUGGUGUCAUCUCAGAUCGUUUACAGAAAAAAAUGAAGUAUCUGUUACAGAAACCACGGACAGAAGAGAUGCGUCAGCAGCAGAUGCGGAUUGUUUCUGAUACGAGGUGUCCAUCCUUUGCAAAAAUCUGCAGUUUAUAUCGCCCCUAUCAGCAGCCAACUGAUAUGAAACCAACCACUCGUUAUUCUAAGCAGGCUCAAGCAAGAGUUGACAAAAUGAGAAAAACUUAUAUAAAAGAUAAGGAAGAGAAGACUUCUGCAAAGACCGUAAUUUCACUUUCAUUGAAUCCAUUGCUUUGGAUAAUAUGUUUAAAUGUGUCUAAUUCUACUUGCAUAAGUAAGAUUUUUCUAGCCCACAAGUUUAAGGCUGAAACACCUUUGGAGCGAAAAACAAGCAAACAAAGUGAAAAACCAAGGAGAAGAGAAGUAACAGUCUUCUCCACGCCAUCUUUUGAUAUUCUGAAAGUUGUAACAUCUACUUCAGAGGAUUCAGAACAAGAAGAAAAGAAUAUCUAUCAGUGGUAUCAAGAUUUCAGUGUUUAUAGAACUUCAUUAUGA